GCAAUAAGCAGUUUAGUUUAGGUGUCCGAAAGCAUCGUGUACAGAAAUUUCGAUGAGGUGCAUAUAAACUCAUCACAAUUCAAAGAGGGCCAAUUUUAUUUAAGAUAUACCAAACUAUAAUAGCUUAAUACGCUAUACUAGAAGGUUUAUAAAAAUUUUUUUCUGUUAAAACUUUAUAUUAAAUUAAAGAGAUUUUAAUAAAUAGUGUGUGUGUAUUUUUUUCGUGUUCAACAUACGAUUAAAUUAUAGCUCAAGUGUUUUGAUAAUUCAAAAUAAAUUUAAUUGUAAAAAAAUGAAAAUAGUACAAAUGCAUUUCUUAGAGUAAUGAAGAUUAAAUUAAUUCUCAUACUGUUAUUUUUUGCUGCAAUGUCGGCAAACUGCAGUGGGACAUUGAUUAUAGUUGAUAAAUUACGAAAAAAAGCAUUGGAAAUUACACUCAAAAGUCCAAUUUGCCGUAUUUAUAAUAACAGGAAUGACAUACAAGUACUUUUGAAAACAAAUCCUUUAUUUGUUUAUGAAUCAAUGUAUGUUGAAUCAGUAGAGUUGUUCUAUAAAAUAUGCAAAGGUACACAACGAGGCCCGUGUCAAAAUAUUGAGUUCAUAUAUCCAGGAACAAAAUGGUGUGGGCCAGGUAAUAUUGCUAAAAAUUAUUCAGAUCUGGGAGUUUAUCGUGAUGAAGAUAUUUGUUGUCGAGAACAUGAUCAUUGUACCAGAACUUUAGAAACUGGUCAAUGUUAUUUUAAUCUUUGUAAUACUUCUCCUUAUACUAGAUCUCAUUGUGAAUGCGAUGGAAAAUUUCAGCAAUGUUUAAACAAAGUCAAUACAUCCACUGCUCACACAUUGGGUGUCAUAUUUUUUAAUAUAGUAAAAGUGAUGUGCUUUAAAGAAGAAUGUCUGUUUGGGGGAUGUAUCCAAAAGUUUGAAAUAAUACCAAAUUAUCAUCAACAAGGUAGAAGUAUGGAUAUCCUGACCACAGAUCAUCUAUUCAAUAUUUUUACAAAAAUUGUAACGGAUUUUGUGCGUUAUGCAUUAAAAUGAAUGUAUACUUAUUUAAUUUUUAAACGAUUUAAUACGCUGGUCAUUGACUAUAUCAUUA